GCGGGGCGGAAAUUGCAGCUCUGCGCUGUGGAGGUGGCGGCCGGAGGAAGGGGGCGGCCUGGGCCAGGUCGGGGCCAGGCCAGGGCGGAGGCGGCGAUGAGUUCGCUCUGACUGGGUUGGUGGGAGAAUGGCCCGGUUCCUGGCUGCAGAGUUCCCGCUGGGAAGCAUACACAAUUGAAGUUGGAUGGUGAAUGGGGCUGAAACCUUUGAAAAGGUACUGGGGCUGAAAUGCUGAAUCUUGGAGGGGAAGAGAAAAGGAUCUUCAGGUAUAAUAAAAAUUUGGGAUUUAAGCAACUUCUUCCAAAGAAAAGAACCAGUGGAUCUGCUGCUGCAGCCCAAGAUCUUGAUCCAUAUCUGUAGACUGGAAUAUCGGUGGGGCAGUAAUCCUCAGACACCUCACUUGGAUAGAUGAGGAAACUGAGGCUUGGUGAAGUUACGAAACUUGUCCAAAGUCUAAAGUGAUACAGCUUCUAACAGGUUGUAAAAAUUAAAAUGAACAAACUACGUCAAAGCUUUAGGAGAAAGAAAGAUGUUUAUGUUCCAGAGGCCAGUCGUCCACACCAGUGGCAGACAGAUGAAGAAGGGGUUCGCACUGGAAAAUGUAGCUUCCCAGUUAAGUACCUUGGCCAUGUAGAAGUUGAUGAGUCGAGAGGAAUGCACAUCUGUGAAGAAGCUGUAAAAAGACUGAAAGCUGAAAGGAAGUUCUUCAAAGGCUUCUUUGGAAAAACUGGAAAGAAAGCAGUGAAGGCAGUCCUGUGGGUAUCAGCAGAUGGACUCAGAGUUGUGGAUGAAAAAACAAAGGACCUCAUAGUUGACCAGACAAUAGAGAAAGUUUCUUUCUGUGCCCCAGAUAGGAACUUUGACAGAGCCUUCUCUUAUAUUUGCCGUGAUGGCACCACUCGGCGCUGGAUCUGUCACUGUUUCAUGGCUGUCAAGGACACGGGUGAAAGAUUGAGCCAUGCAGUAGGCUGUGCUUUUGCAGCCUGUCUAGAGCGUAAGCAAAAGCGAGAGAAGGAAUGUGGAGUGACUGCUACUUUUGAUGCCAGUCGGACCACUUUUACAAGAGAAGGAUCAUUUCGUGUCACAACUGCUACAGAACAAGCAGAAAGAGAGGAGAUUAUGAAACAAAUGCAAGAUGCCAAGAAAGCUGAAACAGAUAAGACAGCUGCUGGUUCAUCAGUGGCUGCUGGCAACACUGCCCCGUCCCCAUCCUCUCCCACCUCUCCCGCUUCGGACACCACUGCCUCUUUGGAGAUGAACAACCCUCAUGCCAUUCCGCGCCGCCACGCACCGAUUGAACAACUUGCUCGCCAGGGCUCUUUCCGAGGAUUUCCUGCUCUUAGCCAGAAGAUGUCACCCUUUAAACGCCAGUUAUCCCUACGCAUCAACGAGUUGCCUUCCACCAUGCAGAGGAAGACUGAUUUCCCCAUUAAAAAUGCAGUGCCAGAGGUAGAAGGAGAAGCAGAGAGCAUCAGUUCCCUAUGCUCACAGAUCACCAAUGCCUUCAGCACACCCUCUGAGGACCCCUUCUCAUCUGCCCCAAUGACCAAACCAGUGACAGUGGUGGCACCACAGUCUCCUGCCUUCCAAGCUAAUGGCACUGACUCAGCCUUCCAUGUGCUUACUGCUAAGCCAGCCCAUACUGCUCUAGCACCCGUAGCAAUGCCUGUGCGUGAAACCAACCCUUGGGCCCAUGCCCCUGAUGCUGCUAACAAGGAAGUUGCAGCCACACGUCCGGGCACUGAGUGGGGCCCAUCCUCUCCAGAUCUCCUCCAGGCUGGCCAUAGACGUACUCCCUCAGAGGCUGACCGCUGGCUAGAAGAAGUGUCCAAGAGCGUCCGGGCCCAGCAGCCCCAGACUUCAGCUGCCCCUCUGCAGCCAGUCCUGCAGCCGCCUCCACCCACUGCCAUCUCCCAGCCAGCACUGCCUUUCCAGGGAAGUGCAUUCCUCACCUCUCAGCCUGUGCCGGUGGGUGUGGUUCCACCCCUACAGCCAGCCUUUGUCCCUGCCCAGUCCUAUCCUGUGGCCAAUGGGAUGCCCUACACAGCCCCUAAUGUGCCUGUGGUGGGCAUCACCCCAUCCCAGAUGGUAGCCAACGUGUUUGGCACCGCAGGUCACUCUCAGGUCGCUCACCCCCACCAGUCACCCAGCCUGGUCAGGCAGCAGACAUUCCCUAACUAUGAGACAAGUAGUGCUACCACCAGUCCUUUCUUUAAGCCUCCUGCUCAGCACCUCAAUGGUUCUGCAGCUUUCAAUGGUGUAGACGAUGGCAGGUUGGCCUCAGGAGACAAGCACACAGAGCUUCCUGGAGGCACCUGCCCAGUGGAUCCUUUUGAAGCCCAGUGGGCUGCAUUAGAAAGCAAGUCCAAGCAGCGUACUAACCCCUCCCCUACCAAUCCUUUCUCUAGUGACUUACAGAAGACUUUUGAAAUUGAACUUUAAGCAGUCUCUAUGGCUUAUGUAUCUUGUCUGUACUUAGGCAAAGGCAGGGGGUGGAGGUCAAAGGGGAUUUUGUCGUCCCAAUCAGUAUACUUUUCACUAAUCCCAAAGGUCCCAAGGAACAAGUCCAAGCACAGAGCGCAGGGAGGGGUGACUUUUGAAAGUGGAGAAAGUCAUUCCUAGCAAAUACUGUCUUGCAGCUAGGCUAAAGAAGUCAAGGAAAUAUUGUCUUCUGUACCCUUCCUCCCUCUCCCCCUUACAAAUCUCUGGCAACAGAGAAGCAGAAGUAUCGGAACAGGAAUCUAUUCAAAGCACAUUUACUGGAAUAUAAAAUACAAACGGAAGCAAAACUCCCUUUAUCUUUGAGGCCAUUCACCUGCCUCCUCCCAGUAUGACCUAGAGCGUGGUUUGGACUCAGACUGGGAGGGGAGGCAGGCUGUGCUUCCUGGAAGGCACAGAAGCAACUGCCCAGCAGCGCUAUUUGGGGGUAUGAAAACAGCUUCCAUUUUGAGUAACAAUAAAUAUAGAUAUAUAUCAAAAGCCAAAAUCUUUAUUUUUAUGCAUUUAGAAUAUUUUAAAUAGUUCUCAAUAUUAAAAAGUUGUAAGUAAUCUUGCCAAAAGUAAAAAGGUUAUUUGUAAGAAGUUGUACAUAAGAUUGAUCUAUCAUUGAUGCCUAUUGAAGUAAAAAGGGGUGGACGUUGCAGGCGUGAUCCCUAGCUUGUUUGCCGUCAUUGUAAGUAUACUUUGCAACAACAAUCAUGCUUAUGACCAACAAUCACUAGGUUGUAGUUUUUAAAAAAAUGAAAGCAGUAUUGUCCUGGAUUUAAACCUCUGAAAUUCUAAUGUAUUUUAAUGGAAUUGAUCUAUCCUCUAGAGAAUAUUCUUUUAUAUAUGGUUGGAAUUUCCUUUUGUUAAUCCUUUAACACUAAGGUGACAGUGACAUCUCCAGAGAAGGGAACGCAGGUUACUGUGUGGGUUUGUAGCGUGGGUCUUGUCCUUUAAAUUUUGUCCCCACAUUUUGUGGGGAUGCAGACCCUGGUUUUAUGAGCUUUGUG